AUGAACGCCACCAACCGAGAAGCAUUCGAAGCUGUCGAUCAUCAGCGGGCAACGGAGAGUACCAUCGCAAGUAUUCUGGCCAUUGUCACGAUAUCCCAUGUGCUAGCACUCGUGCUCGUCGGCUUGAGGAUAUAUGCUAGAGUUAUUGUAGUCAAGCAGCGUGGAUGGGAUGAUCUCUUGAUCGUUGUCUCUGCAGUAGGCCUGUCACCCUCGGAUGCGCCCAGUGAUGGUACUGACGCGCGCCUGUACCAGCUCUGUGCUUUAGGAGGUUGGAUUAUGUUCGUCAUCCAGGCCAACUACGGCCUUCAAAAUCAUGACAACACGAUCGCAGACCAUGACUACAUGAUGUUUCAGAAGAUCGGGUUCUGGCAGUCGAUCAUCUCGGCUGGCUUGGCCUUCAUGUGGCUUAAGAUAUCCGUCGCUCUCAACCUCCUGCGCCUCAGCAGGGACAUGAGGCAUCGAAACUGGUACAAAUGGACCUUAUGGGUCAUGAUAGGUAUCACCGCUGUCCAUCACGUUGGCGGCACACUUCCCUUCUUCCUCAGGUGCAGUCCGAUGGAAGGCUACUGGAACGAGAAUCUCGAGCCAACGCCUCAAUGCAUGAGAACAAAGAACUUCAUCGUAUUCAGCAUUGUGAAUACCGCCUUCAACAUAAGCACCGACGUUGUCUUCGCCACACUGCCAAUCCCACUGGUCUGGAGCCCUCAAAUGGACCAAAACUUUCGACCUUACGUGAUUGGGAUUUUGAGUAUUGGCUACAUUGCUGUGGUCAUGGGCAUCAUCAAAUCGAAGUACCAGCUCGCGUUGGAGGUGGAGAGGAACAAGAUAUUCGACCAAAACAUACAAGUCUUGGGGUUUGUACAAUUACAACUCGACAUCAUCGCGGCUUGUGCCCCCGCAUUGAAACCGUUGGUCGGGAAGAUGAUCCGUUUGUCCUCCCAUGGCGACACUUCGAAUCAUGGAUAUGAUGAGCGAUCGCUUCAAAAGAAUGCCCAUAGGUCCAGUGGAUGGAGCUCAUGGUUCCUGGAGUAG